AUGGUGGAACAGGGCUGCGUGGAAGGGUUGGUCAUUGGUCCAGCCGGAACCCGCAAGAUGACCCCUCUUCAGAUCAUCUCCGCAAGUUGGAUCAUCUGUGACAGUUGGGCAGGGGUAUCAGCCACUGUGGCUCUGGCCAUCGCCCAAGGUGGCCCCGUUACCAUGGUCUAUGGACUAAUCUUGAUGUUCUUACUUGUUGGCGCCUGCACUCUCACCCUGGCCGAGUUGUCGAGCGUGUACCCCACGGCAGGGGGGCAAUAUCACUGGACCUCGAUCCUGGCCCCGGGGUGCAUUAGCCGAGGACUGAGCUACGCCUGUGGAAUAGCCAAUAUGUUCGCCUGGAUUGCUAUUUGCACGGGUAUUGCCAUCAUCCCGUCCCAACUCAUCCUGGGCAUUGUUCUCUUCUACAACCCCGAAUUUGAUGCCCAGCCAUGGCAUUACUUCAUCCUCUACCAAGUCAUUAAUGUGCUAGUACUCUUUUAUUGUACUGCGCUUCUGAAAAAGUCCCUCUGGAUCCAUGAUGCAUGCUUUUUUAUAACCCUGGCCUCGUUCUUUGUUAUUGUGAUUGUCUGUCUGGCUCGGACGGCUCCCAACUUCCAGCCCAACGUCCAUGUCUGGGCCAAGUUUCUGAACGACAGUGGAUGGACAUCUGGCGGGGUAGCAUUCCUCACCGGUCUCGUCUCCCCGAAUUACAUGUACGCAGGCAUCGAUGGAGCCCUACACUUAGCCGAGGAAUGCAAAGAUGCAGCUCGGGUCGUCCCUCGCGCACUAUUGAGCACGCUUGUGAUUGGCUUCGGUACAUCCUUUGCAUUCCUUGUAACUAUGCUAUGCUGCACCGAUGACCUUAAAGCAGUCGUCGCCUCAGCCACAGGGGUCCCUAUAUACGAAGUCUGGUAUCAAGCCACUCACUCAAAAGCAGCAGCAACCACUUUCAUAAUCCUCCUCAGCCUAGCAGCCGUUUUCGCCCUAAUCGGCGCCCAGGAGACCGCCGCCCGGUUAACCUGGUCCCUGGCGCGGGACAACACGCUCUACGGCAGCAGCCAAAUAAAAAAGAUGCACCCGAGCCUCGAUGUCCCCGCCUGGGCCCUUGUUUUCAAUUUCUCUGUUAUGUUCAUCAUCGGCUGUAUAUAUUUAGGGUCAUCAUCCGCGUUCAACGCCUUCAUUGCCACAGGUCUGGUCCUGCAGCACGUCUCCUACGCCAUUCCCGCCGCCUUACUCCUCUUGCGUCGCCGCGGGAGCACCUGGCUCCCUGCAAACCGGCCCUUUCGACUCCCCGGCCCGGUGGGUUGGACUGCAAAUUUUGUGACUGUCGGCUUUGCGCUUUUAGCCUUGGUCUUUUAUAGUUUUCCAACGGCGAGACCGGUCACUGGAAGUAAUAUGAAUUAUACGGCUGCUGUGCUGGGGUGUAUGGCGAUUGUGGCGUUGGGAAACUGGGUGUUUUACGCGCGGCGAUGGUAUUGUGGACCGAGAUUGCAUGGGUUAGAUUAAGA